AUGGUGACUGAAGCCGCGGAGGCCUUUGCUCGGCAGCUCGCUGGUUCCUCGGAGCCAUCCCAGCCAAGCCAAGUUUAUGUGCCCAAGAGUACUUCUGUACAUCCUGCAGGACAGGGAGCUGCUGUGUUGCAUAACCCUGGGUUUACCACAGCGGUAACGAAGCCAACGCUGCAACCUAGCCCUUUGGUGCAAGGGCAGACUAAGAAGCCUGAGGAAGUGAUGUUAGCUGUAGCUGGGUGUUCUUCCAAGGAGGCAAUUGGUGAGGCUGAAAUUUUGACUGAGGAGGAGUUUGUUGCGGCAAAUAGGAAGAAAGGACCUAGCUGUUUCAGAUGCCGUACAGCUGGACAUUUUCUUAAUGAUUGUGAAGUGGUUCUGUGUGAUUGUUGUCAGAGACCUGAGCAUGCUACGAAGGAUUGCCCUCUACUUCGGGCACCAAAACCUCGUAUUGCGAUGUAUGGUACAGGUCACCCAGAUCUUACUUUUUGGGAAUUACCAUUGUCCAAAUCUGUGAGGCCAAGAGUGGAGAACACAAGACUUGGAAGAGUUGAAGUAUCUGGAGGGGUUCUUAAUAUUGAACAGUUAAUUGCACAUUUGCAAUGGAUUGUUCCUGACCCUCUUUAUGUCUGGGAAGUAGAACAAAUGGAGGACAAAGUGUUCAGGGUUAACUUCCCUAGUAAGAAUGAAUUGGUUAGGGUGCAACAUUUUGGAAGAUUCCAUGUUCCUAACUCGACUAUUAUUCUUUCAUUUGAUUUGUGGAAAAAGGAGAUUCAACCAGCUUGGGAACCUGAAGAUGUUUGGGUGAGGGUUUCUGGCUUACCACCCGUUGCUCUCGAUGAUUAUUUAGCUCUAUGGGCAUUUGGAGAUGUUUUUGGUAAGACCAAAGAGCUUGAUAUUGUUUUUACAAGACAACAUAAUAUCCUCCGCAUUCUUAUCACCUGUUUAGAUUAUACUCUCAUUCCUGACACAUGGGACCUUAAGGUCAAAAAUGAGUUCUUUCGGUUAAGAUUUGAAGUGGAAGGAGAGAAAGUGACAAACAACAUUGAUGUUACUAUGUCCGAUGUCCAUGGGGAUGGAGGUGAUGGAGGUGAUGAUGAGUCCAACAAUAACGCCCAUGAUAAGCCGGCUGGUGGUGCUAGUGAGCGCGAUGUGAAGAGAACUAAAAAUGUAGAGGGUGCAAAGGAUGGAAAGAGUACAUCCAGUACACCACCUAUUGCAAAAACAAAUUCUGAGUUGAUGCACAUGAAGGCCAGUGCACUGGCAUUGGAUAAUGGCCUUCAUAUUUUGUCUAAAUCUGAAAAUAUACAAAGUGCGGUUGCGGAGGGAGUUGUGGAGUAUGAUCCGAUAAAACCUCGCGCAGAUGCUUUUCCCAUAUCAAACAAGCAAAAUUUUCAAGUGCCAGUACCUGGAGCUGUCGUUGCUAGCAAGGAGGAGGGAGGCACGUCGAUCGCGUCGGCGCUGCAUGCAGCACGCGGAUCAAACCAUGCCUUGGGUGUUGAUGCCGCGGCUCUGCUGCCGGGCGGGCCGAUGACGGCUAGCACAGCGGAGUCCCUGCCCACUUCGCCUGUAUUGAGCAGCACCUUGCUGUCUGCUGCGCCUCUCUCUAUGUCGGUUAAGACAUCAAAUAUAGCAAAAUCCAUUGAGACAACUAAGGGAGUGGUUGCCCCAGGUUUUUGUCUGCCUGUUGAAAAUGUUAACUCUUAUAUGAAUGUACCAAGUGGGAAGUAUGUUCAAACUGUUCCAUCAGAAACAACAGUUGAAAAGAAGGCGGAAAAGGUUACGUCGAUCUUGGCUGGCGUGCAUGGAGCUUGCCGAUCGGAGUUUGCUGGAGCAGACCGUGAGGAUCUGGCCUCGCCUACACUCACCACAUCGCCGCCUGUAUGCGGCCCAGCUUCGGCCAAGGGGAAUGGUGGCUCGCCUAGGCCCAGCAUGCAGGGGACUGCAAAAUCUAUGCAGACGCCGCCGAGCAAAUCCACGUCCAUCCAUACGGUGAUUAAGCACAAGGGUGCGGUCAAAAAUAAGAUUGUCGAUUUUGGGGGUAUUAAAGAGGAAGCAUUGCAAAGUGUGCGAUCGAGUGAAAGGUUGCGUGCUCAGCCAAAUUAUGAUGCUACUCAAAUGGAGAGGGCAACAAUGAUUCUUCAGAAGCGUGAUGAGAUACCUGCGAUAGAUGGGUUCGAAUGGUUACUUGUGCCGGUGUAUGGGGCGGCGCAAGACAAGUUCAAACAUGAUUUUCUUGUGGAGUUAGUGAGGAUGUGUGACUCUGAGACUUUACCUAUGUUGCUAGCAGGUGAUUUUAAUAUCUUAAGAAGACCAGAGGAGAAAAGUAAUGAUAAUUUUAAUCCUAGGUGGCCUUUUGUUUUUAAUGCAAUUAUAGAAAGUCUGAAUCUAAGAGAGAUUGCAUUGUCAGGAAGACAAUUUACUUGGGCUAGUAGACGAGAUAAUCCAACAUAUGAAAAAUUGGAUAGAGUUCUAACUAGUGUUGAAUGGGAGCAAAAAUUUCCGAUGGUAUCUGUCCGGGCUUUAACUCGGGCAGGGUCUGACCAUACGCCUAUACUUAUUGAUGCUGAAAAGGAAUGCUUGUUAGCUAUUAUUGAUGCUUUGGAUAUUAAGGCUGAAUCCGCACCCCUAUCUCCGAAUGAGAGGAAUGAUCUGAAAACAGCCAAUGAGAAGUUAAACAAGCUUAGGCGGGAUGAAGAAAUUAAAUGGGCUCAGAGGGCUAAGGUGAAAUAUAUUCAGGAAGGAGGAGAUAAUACUAAAUAUUUCCAUCUAAUAGCAAAUGGGAAACAUCGGAAAAAGAAAUUUUUUCAGUUAGAACAUGACGAGGGUACUAUUGUCGGUGAUGAUAAUCGAAAGACUUACAUAACUGAAUAUUACAAGAAAUUGUUUGGCAACCCUGAGCCGAGCUCUGUCACUUUGGAUGAAAAUAGAACUGGUGAUAUUCCACAACUAUCGGCAAAUGAAAAUGAUUUAUUAACCAUGAAUCACUCAAUAGAUGAAAUUCAUAAAGCUGUCUUUCAAAUGGAGCAUAAUAAAUCGCCUGGACCUGAUGGAUUUCCAGCUGAAUUUUAUCAGCAUUUUUGGGAAGUCAUUAAAAAAGAUCUGAUGGCACUCUUUGAGUGUUUUCAGAGAGGAGAUUUAGAUUUGUAUAAACUAAACUUUGGAGUUAUCACUUUGCUCCCGAAAAAGGAAAACGCCGCCCAAAUUCAACAAUAUAGACCGAUUUGCCUACUGAAUGUUAGUUUCAAAAUCUUCACUAAAGUAGCUACAAAUCGAAUAUCGGAAGUAGCCCAGAAAGUGAUCAAACCGACACAGACAGCUUUUAUACCAGGAAGACAUAUCCUAGAAGGUGUGGUGGUCCUUCAUGAAACGAUACAUGAAUUGCAUAGGAAAAAGCUUGAUGGGGUUCUUUUUAAAAUUGAUUUUGAGAAAGCAUAUGAUAAGGUAAAAUGGCCUUUUUUGCAACAAGUUCUUCGUAUGAAAGGUUUUGAUCCAAUUUGGUGUGAGAGGAUUCGACACUUUGUACAAGGGGGGAGUGUAGGUAUUCGAGUUAAUGAUGAUAUCGGACAUUAUUUUCAAACUAGGAAAGGUUUGCGCCAAGGUGACCCUUUGUCCCCGAUUUUAUUUAACAUUAUUGCCGAUAUGUUGGCCAUCCUUAUUUCUCGGGCUAAGGAAGAUGGGAAAGUUGGAAGUUUGUUACCGCACCUGAUUGAUGGGGGGAUAUCUAUAUUACAAUAUGCGGAUGAUACGAUUCUUUUUAUGGAACAUGACAUAGCAAAAGCUAUUAAUAUGAAGCUUAUUCUUUCUAUCUUUGAACAGCUGUCUGGCCUUAAAAUAAAUUUUCAUAAGAGUGAAAUUUUCUGCUUUGGUAAGGCUAAGGAUAUGGAGCAUCAAUAUAGAAAUAUUUUUGGGUGUGAAGCUGGAUCCUUACCUUUCAGAUAUUUGGGUAUCCCUAUACAUCAUAGGGCACUUCGAAAUGCUGAGUGGAACCCUGUAGAGAACCGAUUUGCAUCUAAGCUAAGCUGUUGGCGUGGGAAAAUGCUUUCAUACGGCGAUAGACUAGUUCUCAUUAAUUCGGUUCUAACAAGUUUACCUAUGUUCAUGUUAUCCUUCCUGGAAAUCCCAGUUGGGGUGAGAAAAAGAUUAGAUUACUAUAGAUCAAAUUUCUUCUGGCAAUCAGAUGAGAAUAAAAAGAAAUAUAGACUUUCUAGGUGGAAUAUGUUGUGUAGACCUAAAGAUCAAGGUGGGUUAGGAAUCGAAGUACUUGAGUUAAAGAACAAAUGUUUACUCAGUAAGUGGCUGUUUAAAUUGCUCUCGGAAGAGGGUAUGUGGCAGCAACUGUUGUAUAAUAAGUAUCUCAAGAAUAAAACUCUUUCACAGGUUGAAGCAAAGCCUAAUGAUUCACAGUUUUGGAAAGGACUUAUGCAUAUAAAGACAGAAUUCUUUAACCGGGUUUUUUUUAAGGUGGGUAAUGGAAUGACUGUUAGGUUCUGGGAGGAUACAUGGAUGGGGAAUGCCCCAUUGUGUCAACAGUUAUCCGACGCGCUGCGCAUUGGAGUCAACAAUGGAUUUUGCUUCUCCCUAUGGAACAGCGGGAGGAUAUGCAACGGCUACCCCAACGGCUACCCCAACAACCAAUCACAACGCGCCACCUCAGCCCUUCCCUCUCGCCCCGCCUCUCGCCCCACCCCGCCAUCGCUGCCGCCCGCCUCCCGCCUCGCUCCCGCCUCGCUCUCGCCCCCAACGCGGGCGGUAGCCGGGCGGGAGCGGGCGAUACCGCCCGGCGCCCCCGCCGUCGCCCCCUCCCUCCCGUCCCGCCCGCCUCCCGCCUCCCGCCCCGCGCCGGGCGCUAUCGCCCUGCCACUCGCCCGCGACUAUUGGAAGGACCGCCAUGACUCAGACAUCCAAGAAAUUAUCUACGGCGGCGGCUUUGUUCGCGGUGAUCGGGCCGGGACAGGCCCGCAUGAUGACUGGGCAGCAACGCAAGAUGCGGAGGACAUCGAAACCGCACGGCUGUUCGUCACCCAGCAGACGCAGCCAACACCCGUGUCCGUCGACGACUUCGACGACGCGCCAACACAGCCUGACAUUGCUACGAAGAAGAAGGGAGAGAGCCACAUGACACAAGGCUUCGUCGACGACGAGGAUAAGUGUUUGUGCGAAACGUGGCUGGCAACGAGUCAUUAUUGUAUUAAUGACGCGCAACAAAAGGGCAAGGUCUAUUGGGCCAAGGUCUUGCAUCAGUACAACGAGACCAGGAUGCACCCACCCUACCAUAUCACAAGCCCUCAGACGGAAGAGUCCCUCCGAAACAGAUAG